UGACCCCUCAACCAUCUUCUCACCAUCGGAGUCUCUUUCCACUUCUCCAUCUGGUCAGACCUUCAAUACAGGUCUCUCUUCUUUUCUCCUCGUUUUACCUGUUUCUACUUGACCAAUAUCCUGUCGCCAUGGCCUUCGCUGGCCAAGCCCCCACGAUUGUCGUGCUGAGAGAGGGCACGGACGCUUCUCAAGGCAAGGGUCAGAUCAUCUCCAACAUCAAUGCCUGUCUGGCGGUGCAAUCCACGAUCAAGAGCACGCUGGGCCCCUAUGGUGGGGACCUGCUGCUGGUCGAUAAUGAGGGCAGACAGACCAUCACCAACGAUGGCGCCACGGUAAUGAAGCUCCUCGAUAUUGUGCACCCCGCCGCCCGCAUCCUGACGGAUAUCGCCCGGUCCCAAGACGCCGAAGUCGGAGACGGUACGACGUCGGUGGUGGUCCUCGCUGGUGAAAUACUGAAGGAGGUUCGCGAAUUGGUUGAGCAGGGUGUCAGUUCUCAGACGAUCAUCAAGGGUCUGCGGAGAUCCAGUGCGAUGGCCGUCAACAAGAUCAAGGAGAUCGCAGUGGAUAUCGCCGAGGCCUCGACGAACGAGGAGAAGAAGGUGGAAAAGCUUCGACGACUGGCGGCCACGGCCAUGAACAGCAAGCUGAUCAAGCGCAACUCCGACUUCUUCACCAAGAUGGUGGUCGAUGCGGUCCUGUCGCUGGAUCAGGAUGACCUGAACGAGAAAUUGAUCGGUGUGAAGAAGGUCACCGGUGGUGGUCUCCAGGAUUCGCUCUUCGUCAACGGCGUUGCCUUCAAGAAGACUUUCUCCUACGCCGGUUUCGAGCAGCAACCAAAGCAAUUCAAGGAUCCCAGGAUCGUGUGUCUCAACGUGGAGCUGGAGCUGAAGAGCGAAAAGGACAAUGCGGAGGUUCGUGUUGAGCAGGUGUCGGAGUACCAGGCCAUCGUCGACGCCGAGUGGCAGAUCAUCUUCAACAAGCUCGAGGCAAUCUACAAGACCGGUGCCAAGGUCGUUCUCAGCAAGCUGCCUAUUGGUGAUUUGGCGACACAGUACUUUGCGGACCGCGAUAUCUUCUGUGCGGGCCGUGUCGCGUCGGACGACAUGGACCGCGUCUGCCAGGCGACCGGCGCAGCGACCCAGUCGACAUGCACCGACAUCCAGGACCGCCACCUGGGCACCUGCGGCUCGUUCGAGGAGCGCCAGAUCGGUGGCGAGCGUUUCAACAUCUUCUCCGAAUGCCCGGCAGCCAAGACGUGCACCCUGGUCCUGCGUGGUGGCGCCGGACAGUUCAUUGCCGAGGUGGAGCGCAGUCUCCACGACGCGAUCAUGAUCGUCAAGCGUGCCCUCCGCCACACGACGAUUGUCGCGGGCGGUGGCGCAUGCGAGAUGGAAGUGUCCAGCUACAUGCACGGAUAUGCGGACCGCAACGUCCCCCACAAACAGCAGGCUGUCGUGAAGGCGUUCGCCAAGGCUCUGGAGGUGAUUCCCCGCCAACUGUGCGACAACGCCGGUUUCGACGCGACCGACAUCCUCAACCGCCUGCGUGUGGAGCACCGCAAGGGCAACGUCUGGGCGGGUGUGGACUUCGACCACGAGGGCGUCCGGGACAACAUGGUCGCGUUCGUGUGGGAGCCCAGUCUGGUCAAGGUCAACGCCAUCCAGGCCGCCGUCGAGGCUGCAUGCCUCAUCCUGAGCGUGGACGAGACCAUCAAGAACCAGGAAUCCGCCGGGCCCCAGGGACCCAGCCGUGGCCUGCCCCCCGGUGCUGCGCAACGCGCUAUGGGCGGUGGCCGUGGCCGUGGUAUGCCUCGUCGGGGUCGGUAAGCUUGAUCGAUCGUGAGGUUCGGUUCGGUACGAGAUUAUUUAAUUGGUCGGGCUGGUCGAUAUUUGCAACUGGUAGAAACAAAAGCAAUCAGAGUUAGAUGGUCCCCGGGCCUUAUUGCCUUUUAAUGUUUCAUUCUAGGACGGAAUAUUAUAUUUGUGUAUAUCGAGCACUAUCAAUAGGUUCUUGGCUACUAGAUGAUUAGGUCUGUUGUGAAAAAUCG